CUACACGAAAACGAGAAGCACACCAAUCUCACCCAAAUAGAUAUGCGUUUCGCCCGCCAAUCAAAAAUUUGUUCUUUUGCCGCCCAACUGACCCCACCGGCCACCACCGCGAGCCGCCGGCCGAAUCUCCCUAUCUCCCUCCGGCUCCGACGCCGACGAAGCUCACUACCCAAGGCCAAUAGUAAUACUGUAAGAACAUUUUCACCGCAGCAGUAAAAAAAAAUAAGUUGAAAAAGCUGGUUGGCUUUAACUUCACUCCGCCAGCCUUUUGCUCUUCUCUCCCUCUAAAAGCAGAGGGAUGAAGAGAGAGGGAGAGAGACUGAGAUAACAAAAAGAAUUCAGUUUCGACUCUAUUCGCCACAAACACUGCAGAAAAGAAAUGAGAACAAGCCAAUUUUCAUUGUUUAUAUAACUUUCCGCCCGUUCGAUUUCCUUCUCAGAAGAAAAGCUUCUUGGGGAAGCAAAAAUGGCGUCUGGAAGCAGGGGAACUUCAGCUCCAUCAGCAGCAGCUGCUAACCACCGCAACCACUACAGCAACCAGAAUUACGACCAGCAGCCGCCGCAGUCAUCGGGAACCAGCAACUUGAGGCCUCCGCCGCCGCCUCCGUCCUCGUCGGGGGCGGCGGAGUCAGUGAGCAAAGCGAUUGCGCAGUACACUGUGGACGCGCAGCUGCACGCGGUUUUCGAGCGGUCCGGCGAGUCAGGUAGGUCUUUCGAUUACUCUCAAUCCGUGAGGACGACUAACCAGUCCGUACCGGAGCAGCAAAUCACGGCGUACCUCUCCAAAAUCCAGCGCGGCGGACACAUCCAGCCGUUCGGCUGCACGAUCGCCGUCGACGAAGCUUCCUUCGCCGUAAUCGCCUACAGCGAGAACGCGCGCGACAUGCUCGGCUUAACUCCCCAAUCAGUCCCUUCCCUGGAGAAGCAAGAAAUUCUCUCAAUCGGCGCCGAUGUCCGCACAAUCUUCACUUCCUCGAGCUCAAUUCUGCUGGAGAAGGCGUUCGGAGCCAGAGAAAUCACGCUGCUCAACCCUCUCUGGAUCCACUCCAAGAACUCCGGAAAGCCGUUCUACGCGAUUCUCCAUCGAAUCGAUGUGGGGAUCGUCAUCGAUUUGGAGCCUGCGAGAACUGAGGAUCCGGCGCUUUCCAUCGCCGGCGCCGUACAAUCCCAGAAGCUAGCUGUUCGAGCGAUCUCCCAAUUGCAAUCUCUCCCCGGAGGUGAUAUCAAGCUCUUGUGCGAUACUGUGGUUGAGUGCGUUCGAGAGCUCACAGGCUAUGACAGAGUCAUGGUCUACAAGUUCCACGAGGAUGAGCAUGGAGAAGUAGUGGCAGAGAACAAAAGACCUGAUUUGGAGCCGUACAUCGGUUUGCAUUACCCUGCUACUGAUAUCCCUCAAGCUUCCCGGUUCUUGUUCAAACAGAAUAGGGUUAGGAUGAUAGUCGAUUGCCAUGCUUCCCCAGUCCGUGUGUUUCAAGAUGAAGGGCUGAUGCAGCCAUUGUGCUUAGUUGGUUCAACUCUCCGUGCUCCACACGGUUGCCAUGCUCAGUACAUGGCAAAUAUGGGUUCCACUGCUUCGCUAGCCAUGGCUGUGAUCAUCAAUGCCAAUGAUGAAGAUGGCGGAGGGAGGAACGCAAUGAGACUAUGGGGAUUGGUGGUCUGUCAUCACACUUCAGCUAGGUGCAUACCUUUUCCACUUCGUUAUGCUUGUGAGUUUCUUAUGCAGGCUUUUGGUCUUCAAUUGAACAUGGAGUUGCAGUUGGCUUCUCAAUUAUCAGAGAAACGUGUUUUGAGGACUCAAACCCUUCUUUGUGACAUGUUGUUGAGAGAUUCCCCACCCGGGAUUGUCACUCAGAGUCCUAGCAUUAUGGAUUUGGUGAAGUGUGAUGGAGCAGCAUUGUAUUACCAAGGGAAGUACUACCCGCUUGGUGUGACUCCAACUGAAGCGCAGAUUAAGGAUAUUGUAGAGUGGUUGCUGGCGUUCCAUGGCGAUUCAACUGGUUUAAGUACUGAUAGUUUGGGGGAUGCUGGAUAUACGGGUGCAGCUUCACUUGGCGAUGCAGUUUGUGGGAUGGCGGUUGCUUAUAUCACAAAGAAAGACUUCUUGUUCUGGUUCAGGUCACAUACAGGCAAAGAGAUCAAAUGGGGUGGCGCCAAACAUCACCCACAGGAUAAAGAUGAUGGCCAAAGAAUGCAUCCUCGUUCUUCAUUCAAGGCCUUUCUUGAAGUAGUGAAGAGUCGUAGCUUGCCAUGGGAAAAUGCAGAGAUGGAUGCGAUACAUUCUUUGCAACUGAUUCUUCGUGACUCAUUUAAAGAUGCAGAAGUUGCAGCGAAUUCUAAAUCUAUUGUACCUGCACAACUCGACGAGAUGGAGUUGCAAGGCGUGGAUGAACUGAGCUCGGUGGCUAGAGAAAUGGUGAGGCUUAUAGAGACUGCAACAGCUCCAAUAUUUGCGGUUGAUGUGGAUGGGAGAAUAAAUGGUUGGAAUGCAAAGGUUGUUGAAUUGACAGGGCUUUCAGCUGAAGAAGCUAUGGGGAAAUCUUUGGUUCAUGACCUUGUCUAUCAGGAAUAUGCAGAAACCGUUGACAAGCUUGUUCAUGAUGCUUUAAAAGGUGAAGAAGAUAAAGAUGUGGAGAUAAAAUUAAAGACGUUUGGCUCUGGACAUGAGAAAACACCCAUCUUUGUAAUGGUGAACGCUUGUUCUAGCAAGGAUUACAUGAACAACAUAGUUGGAGUUUGCUUUGUGGGUCAAGAUGUGACUGGUCAAAAAUUGGUAAUGGAUAAGUUCGUUAACAUACAAGGUGAUUACAAGGCCAUAGUUCACAGUCCAAACCCUUUGAUCCCUCCCAUAUUUGCUUCAGAUGAGAAUGCAUAUUGCCUGGAGUGGAAUACUGCCAUGGAAAAGCUCACAGGUUAUACCCGAGGUGAAAUCGUAGGGAAGAUGUUGGUUGGGGAAGUGUUUGGCGGCUGCUGCCGCCUUAAGGGUCCAGAUGCUUUAACCAAUUUCAUGAUCCUUCUUCACAAUGCGAUUGGAGGACAAGAAACGGAAAAAUUCCCGUUUGCCUUUUUUGACAAGAAUGGGAAAUAUGUUCAAGCUCUUCUGACAGCAAACAAGAGAUCAAAUGUUGAGGGACAGAUUAUAGGGGCGUUCUGCUUCUUGCAAAUCGCUAGUCCUGAAUUGCAGCAAGCUCUGAAAGUUCAAAGAGAGCAGGAGAAGAGAUAUUUUGCGAGGAUGAAGGAAUUGGCUUAUAUAUGUCAGGAGAUAAAGAACCCUUUGAGUGGUAUACGGUUCACUAACUCGCUCUUGGAAGCUACCGAGCUGAGUGAAGAUCAGAAGCAGUUCAUUGAGACCAGUGCUGCCUGUGAGAGGCAGAUGUUCAAGAUUGUAAGAGAUGCUGAUCUUGAGAACAUCGAAAACGGAACGUUUGAUUUCGAGAGGACCGAGUUCUUUCUGGGGAGUGUCAUAAACGCUGUGGUUAGCCAAGUGAUGUUGUUGCUGAGGGAAAGGAAUCUGCAACUGAUACGUGAUAUUCCAGAGGAAGUAAAAUCUCUGGCCGUUUGUGGUGAUCAAUCCAGAAUCCAACAGGUGUUAGCUGACUUCUUGUUGAAUAUGGUGCGGUAUGCUCCUUCCUCGGAUGGCUAUGUCGAGCUCCACGUUCGUCCUUCUCUGAAGCAAAUAGCGGAUGGUCACACUGGUGUCCGUACAGAGUUCAGGAUGGUUUGCCCUGGUGAAGGACUUCCACCAGAAGUGGUUCAAGACAUGUUUCACAGCAGCAAAUGGGCAACUCAAGAAGGCCUGGGACUCAGCAUGUGCAGGAAGAUACUGAAGCUCAUGAAUGGUGAAGUCCAGUACAUCAGAGAGUCAGAAAGGUCUUACUUCCUGGUCAUCCUUGAGCUUCCCAUGGCGCGAAAUGGCGACAAAACUACUGGUGACUAAGAAUUUGCUUUUCUCCGCUUGCCAUUUGAUUUCCUUCCCUCAUAAUGGAAUCCCUGGUAAUCUUGGGUGGUUCAUCAGAGCUCACUGGAAGGCAGUUUCUCAAAAUGCAGAAGGUAUGUACUGUAAAUUACUUGGGAACUGCUUAAGACUGAUAUAGAGCCUGGCCAGAAGACAAAAGACCAUGCUUAUCCGCUGUCGUUUUGGUCAUAGAAGAACAAAGGCUUAACCAAUAGAUGGUAUGGGACUUGGGGUCUGGUUGACAGAACAUUUCCCAUUGUUAAAAGAAAGAAUGCUCAUUCAUGAAAGUUUGGAUCAGACUCCAGAAAUUUGCAGUCUUUUUUCUCAUGUCGUAAGGUAACUAGGUAAGCAAAAGAAAAUGUAUGUACAUUGUUAUCAUAUGUUUUCAGUUUUGUACUUUGCCUAAUAUUAAUGUAACAUAUUUGGUCGGUUGAAAGGUGUUACCAAUGAUUCUACUUUGGCCUCUCCUCUCCUCUUUUCCUUUUUUUUUUUUAAUCUUAAAGUCUGAAUUCAAAGUGACUUAUUAAAUUAUUUUAUCCUCUUAAACAUAAUUUUAAUAACUUCAAUUUAUUGUCUAGUACAUUGUAAAAAUUAGUAUGUUUACUAUAUUUCAUGUCGAUACAUUGUGAAAAUGAGUGUUUACACUUUUAUCGUCUAAAUUAUGAAAUUGAGCUCCAAUUUCCACUCUAUUUCCCUUUGUCUCGUAGGUUUUGAAUCUUUAAUAGUGUUUUGACUUUUGCCUUUCUUCCUCAAUACUCAAACGUAACUUGCGAGCAUUCAUUAAAUCAGCAACUGCUAAUAGCUUGUCUUUCUUUUUGUUAUAGAUUCAAAAUGGACUUCUUCCUCAUACCUAGCAAUGAUAUCUUUUACCUUGUUCGCACCAUAAAGCUUAAUUCAUCCAAGCGUGUAACUUAAAAAGCCUAGAGUUGAAAAAGACUAACGUGUUGUGUUUCUUCUUAAGAGAUACGAGAUAUUCGUAUAUAUGACAAGGUACAAUGUCUUGUCUUGCCCUUGGUGCAUGAGACUUUGUAUUGUUGGUCAUAUGAAGAUCCAUCAUGUGCAUUGUUAACCUGAGCGGAGUGACAUCAAACCGUUUAUCCGCUGAAAUUAAACUAGAAAUCUCGAAGAACUUCCAUUCACAUUUAGGAUUUGGUUUCAACAACUUAUUAAUGUGUGAUCUUCAUGAGUUCCGUCUCCCUUUUUGAAGCAUCAUUUGCAUGAUUGGCACCAUAGAAACCCUUUUUCUCUCUUUCUCUUUAUGCUGAAAAAGAAAACGAAUGCUGCAAACUUUAGCUUUGAUUUCCUCUGGGACGCAACAAACAACUAGAGGUUUCCAGGUCACCUACAAUUCAGAAAGAAAAAAAAAAGGGGAGGAUGGAGUGUGGAGAUAAACAGAUAAGGGUACCAUACCAACUUGUGCAGCGGGGGCAAAAGUCGCAUGAGAAAGUUGUGGGUUCUUUCUCUUUUCCUUGAUCGAUUAUGGAUAGCAGCAGCAGUUGGGUUUGGAUAGGAGGCUGAUCUCACUUUGUAUUUGCAAUAGAUAAUUGCGAUGAAUUAUGUGGCCGUCAGAACCGAGCUAGUACAAAUUUUAUAAGUAGAACUUGUUAUAUAAAUUUUAUUAUGUAAUAGUUAUGUGGUUUAAUGAAAGUAGAGGUGGUAAAUAGAUCGGAUUCAUAGAUUGGUGGGUAGGAUUAGGGGAUUCAUGGAUCAAAUGGAUUGGUGGAUUAUCCAUGAAUCCAAUUGACAUCCUCAACCUUUGACCAAUAUGUAAAAUGUGAAAAGUUUAGGUACUAAAAUGUUGCAAUGAAAAUUUUUAGGUACC